AUGGUAUUAAUAACGACAGGAAUAAAAAUAAAAGCUUAGUGGCAGCAUUUGCAGUAUCGACAAUAAUAUAUGUAUAAAUAAAUGGAGAGAAAAUAACGAGAAGCAUUUGGAAAACAUUAAAGGCGAGAAAAUAAAUAGUUGAUAAAAGGUUGCGGAAGCUUUAGUAAAUUUGUCAACCACAGAAAAACAUAAAAUGGGUAGCAUAGACAAGGCGUGUAUUUCAGGAUUUCUUUGUCGCUUAUGUUCAGAAAUGCAUCGUAUUGUUAUUCACAUAUACGGGGAUCAAGGACAGCGCCUUUGUCUGGUGGAGAAAAUAAACGGCUACUUGCCAAUUACGAUUUCACCAACAGAUCCCCUACCUAAAACCAUAUGCACUACAUGUCUUCGCCGCGUAGAGCAGCAUUACGAUCUUCUAAUGCGUUUGUCAAGAAUUAAACAGGAACGUGUUUUGCGCGAUAAAAGGUACAAGGAUCCUCAACGCGUAUUGUUUCUAGAUGUAUCGAGUAUCGAGAAUUCAGAAGACGAAAUCAGCCUAACCGACGAUGAAACACGCUCGCGCCGGCUGACGGAACAGAAUCGCGCACUUUAUCAUACAACUUUAUCUACGUCAAGAUCUGUUGCAGCAACAGCCGCAGAAGGUAACGAAGAAAGCGACAUAGUCGCCAGUACCAGUGCGAGAGCUUUGGCCAUAGAUCGAAGCAGUGCUGAAGGUGCUUUGCAGCACAAUGACUGAUGUUCUUCUAAUUAGGUUUAUUAAUUCACAAAUGAUGUUAAAUUAAAUUUUAAAAAUUAACAAUAAUAAAAAAAUAGUAUACU